AAAAUGGAGGUACCGCGCCUCCCCCAGGGUGCCCUUCCAUCCAUGGCGUUGUCGCGGCUGUCCCCGCAAUCAACUCCCAGAUCUCGUGCUCACCUCCCCGCAAUCAAGGUCGUCACGCCCGAUGAGGAUGGUCGCCAGUCGCCGCACGGCGGUUCGGGCCCCAGCGAUAGCUCCGGCGCAGGCGCGAGGAAGAAGCUCCGGCUCACCAAUGAGCAGUCGACGCUGCUCGAGGACACCUUCCGCGCCCACAACAUACUCUCCAACGCGCAGAAGCAGGAGCUCGGACGGCAGGUGGAUCUCAGCGCCAGGCAGGUGGAAGUGUGGUUCCAGAACACACAUGUUCAGAUAACACACAUGUUCAUGCUCAUGCUGACCCCACACAGUGGGAUUUUCCCAGCAAUCAGCUUGAUAGGCGACAUCAUCAUUGUCGGGAUCUUCUACUUCAUUGGAUUUGCAUUGUUCUGCUUGGAGGCUUUUCUGAACAUGUGGGUCAUUCAGCUUUUGCCCCCUUCUGAUCAAUUCAGAAGAGAACCCGGAGAACCAUGCACUUGUGGAGUUGUUCAUCUGGAAAGUGACACCAUUAUUGAAUAUGAUUGAUCGACUUUGGGGUCAAUAGUGGCGCAACAAGGUUCUCCAUCGACUCAAGAACCAAGCUGUUAAUGAGGACACCUUUCGGUGUUCAUAUGAGUUUGGAUGGAAACCUCGGGUUGCUUUGUUGUCCAAUUCCUGUUAAUGUUAUCUACACUUACAAAUAAACGUUGUUGUUGCAUUUUGAUGAGUUUCAUUUGUUCCUGUGCAGAGGGCCUCCUAUUGUGCCCUCUGACAGAAGCAUCUCGCGGACGAGAGAGGUAAGGAUUUGAUAUGUUUGAUUUGAUGGACGCUUGUUGAAUUAUCUGUGCAGUCUUCGUUUAAUGUGUCCAAAUAUUUUCUUUUUUCCAUGUCGACAAAUAUCUUGUGUUGGCACAAACCACACAUGAGAGAAGCAUGUUUAGCUACAGCUGCAACUAUCUAUGCCAGCAAAGAGGCUGCAUGGGGGAAGAAGAAAGAUUAACAAUGGAGAAGAAACAACAGUGAUGGUGGCUGGUGAUGCAUUCGUGAGCUGGAGGUAUCUUAAGGUCUCUAGAUUCAUGGAUGAGCUAGCAGGCCAGCACAUGGAAGCACAUCUUGUCUUUUCUCUAUUAUUUUUUCUUCCCCUUUAUCUUUGGUAGAUCUACAUUCAGAAAUAGAUUAGUUGUUCCGGUGUUCA